UAUGUGUAGUUUAAAUCUUUCACACUAGAGUACGAUUUUCAUGUAUCUUUCUUUUUUAAAAGAUGGCUCAUUAGCGCGGUAACGCCUCUUUUCUGCUAAUACUCCGAUCAUCGACCAUUCACUGAUGUUCGACUACGCAUCGAGAUUUCAAAUGUUGUUUCCUACAACAUUGGCGGCAUGUCGCGUUUAACCUGUUUACUUAUUAAAAGAGAUAUACAAUAUAAUAUAUUUCAAUUAUCUAGUAAUAAGACGUUACAAUUUGAGGGUUCUACGAAAAAUGGCUGAUCGCUAAAUUUGUUGUGUGUAUGUGCAUUAAUACAAGGGGAAAAUUCUGUGAAAGGAAUAAAUAACCUAACGUAAUAUCGAUUUGUGUAAAACGCGCGUAAAUAUGCCGCGUACCAAAGCAUCACCAAAAAAAUGUGUUAAAACAACAAAUUCACAUCCAGGCACAAAUACAUGGGUUUUCCUAAUGAAAGGUGAUAGUUUAAAUAAUACAGAUGGUGGUGUACCUGAUGUUAUUAAAUUAAGACAUCCAGCUACAAAUCAACCUGCAAUGUUUGUAUUUAGUCCAGGCAAUGUAACAGUACAAGAAGUUCUGACAUUUGAUGAAAAUAAAAGGUCAUGGUUUAUAGAUGAUAAUGUAAAAUCUGAUGGAAAGUUACAUUUAUCUACUCCUAUUGAUCCAAUAUUUUUAAUAUUACCUUAUUUAAGAAAGUCACAACAAGCACAACCAUUAGAACAAUGUCUUUGGGAUGAAGAUUUUAUAGAAACGACUCGUCUUACUCAAUGUCAGAAUUUAAAACUGACUCUAGUCGCUGACCGCAAGGGAGAUGAAUCUUUACAAGCUUAUAAAUUUAAUGAAGAAAAAGCAUUAAUCUGGUUGCAUAGGAAAGUGGAAAGAGUAAUUGAAGUAUUAAAACAGAAGGGCAUUCAUGUAUCACAGGGCGCUAUUAGUGCUACUUAUGUUAAAAGUACUAAACUUGAAACUGCUUCAGAAGUGGAAUAUUUAAAAUAUGCACAUGGCAUUGUAUCAGAGUAUCUUCAAGAAGAUUUAUCAAAAAAAUUAGCACAACAUUUAAAUUUAUCAGAUGAAUCAGAAAAUAAGAAACGGAAAUUAAAUAGUCCUAAAGAUACUGUUGAAGAAAAGAAACCUAAGAAAGAUACAAUUGAAAAUGAAUCAGUAUUAAAACCAAAAACACCUGAGUCAACUAAAUUAGAAAAGCCUCAAAAAGCUACAAUUGGUAAGAAAGAAUUAGCUAGACAAAAAGCAGCAACUGGAUCCAAGAGCAUUACUAGCUUCUUUAAGAAAAAAUAAAUUUUAGGUAAUUUGAGAAAUCUAAAUAUAUAAAAAUUUUUGAAAUCUCAAACAUUGCAAUAUGUAUACAUUCAAGUUAUAGCACUGUUAUUCAGAACCAGGUUUACAACAUUGUAAAAAUAUCUUGAGAUAUUUUAAAUAGUUGUUUAACCAAUAGACAACUCUAAUCAAUAAGCAAUUUCUUAAAUAUUUUUUAAUAUAUAUGUUGCAAUCUCUCUACACUGGGGAAUAGAGUAUUUAAGUACUUAUUAUAAUUUUGGAUGUACGUAAAAUAUAUUGUAAAAAACAUAAAAAUUUUGAAAAUAGCAAGUUUGAACAUGUAAAAGUAUUGGUCGUGUUCACAAUACAUUAUUUUUAAAUUAAAAAAUAUAUUAAAAAGUAAUUUAAAAUGGAUUACUUUUAAAUAGAUAAUAUAAUAUUAAACUUAUAUGCUAUAUAACUCAUAACGCAUUGAAAAAAGAUUCAUUGUAAAAUAUCUUAAACAAUCUGGAAGAAUCAGUUACCAAGGAUCACGAAGGUGGCCUUAAAUAUAACAAAAUCUAUUAGUUAUUACAGCAAAUAUACUAAUUACCAUUAUUGAUAACAAAAUAUCAGAACUUUUAUUUAAAUUUUUAAAUCCGUAUUUGAGAUUGUGUAUAAUUGAAAAAUCUAAUUGUACAAUAUUGUUCAACAUUCAUCAAUUCGUAUUAUUGAAUGUUUCUACAUGUAAUUUCGAAAACUAAUCUAAUAGUACAAGCACAAAAAUAACAUCUGAUUUUAACAUCUCAAAGUUCAAUAUUUUUGUAUAUAUUUUGUAUAUCCAUAUACAGUCAAAUAUGUCAAUAUUUGAAAGCGUUUGUAUUUGUUUGGCAUAUUUUUACUGCUCAAAAUAAUUGUAAUCAAUCAGUCAUUUUUAAUAAAAAGGUAAAAUAUUAAAAAAUUAAAUGUAUCGUAUAUGUAUUUAAAAUAUUGUUAAUGUGAUGUAAUUAUCAAUUUUGUUUCUAUUAAAAGUCUAAUAUUAAUGUAGAUAUUUCAAGUUCCAUCAUAAAAAAAUGAAUAAAAAUUUUAACAUGUAUUUUGUAGUUACUAAUAAGAAAGUAGAUAAAAUUUUAAGAAAAGAAACAUUUCAAUAAAUUCAAAUAACAAAUACUAAUUUGAGCAAUAGUAUUUAGAAGCUUUAUGUUAAUACAAAGUGAUAUAAUUUAAUUUGUUAAUAUACUAACUUGUCUCAAAUUAAACUUUGUUAAGAUGAUACUUAAAGUAAUAUUGAAGAAUCAAAAUAGAAAGAAUAUGGAAUGAACAAUAUUUAGGAACUUGGUAUUGUUUGAUUUCACACACAUGAGUUUUUAAGUAUUUUGAAAAAAAGAUAAAUCAGAUAUGAAUAUACAUAAUGAACUGAUGCUUAGUACUUAAAUUAGGAGAUUGAAAAUACUUAGAUUGAUUCAUUAAAGUGAAGCCAUAUUGAAAUAAACUUUGUGAGAUAAUAAAUACAUAUUUUAAUCAUUA